AAUGCCCGUACUCUUUAAUCUAUGCACCUGAUGCGCGCGCGUGCAGUUCGUUUCAGUUACAGUUGACCCCACAACGAUAUAAUAUUAUAUAAUAAUAUAGAUACAUAAAUAUUAUAUUUUGUGAUAAACGCCGUUCAUUAAUUCAACGUUUCGAUACGUAGAUCGUUUUUGACCCAACCGCCACCACCACUAUCAUCAUGAAGAGAUCGAUCGCCGUCGUCGUCGCCGGUCGUGGGCUGACGAUACUAUGGGUAUUCGCGACGGCCCAAGUAAUGUGUGAAAGAGCCAUUGAUGAAGAUUCAGAGGUGUACAAAGCGAUCAGCGAGAAUAAGGAAGGAUUGGUAACCCAUAUGAUCACUACUAAAGGACUUGAAAAGGCUUCAAGACAGUUGCAUAUGUCCCCGCUCAGAGUUACUGAUAUAAAUCCAACGGUAGAUGAUGAGGAUGUUACUGCAGCUGAAGAACAACCACGUAAUAUGCACCACCAACGUCUACGUCCAUUAAUGCCUACUUACGUGGUACCGAAUGAGGAAAUACAAUACAAUACCAAAACAAAAAAUGACGGUGAACCAGAAGUAGAGAUGUCACAAGCAAUAAAUGACCUUCCUGAAAUCGGCAACGUUGAGACGAUGGCGACAAGACGUGACGAUGAAAGCGCAUUCGCAAACGACGACGAAGAAAGCAAAACAUUUGGAGACUAUACUUACCGCUCAAAUUUGGUUACCGAACGGCCGAAAUUAAGACGCGUCAGGUCUAAAAAAAGGACUACCAUGGUUUAGUUAUAAGUCCCUACCACAGACAAGCGGAUAUUACUGACAUUUUAUAUAUGAUUAUAAACACAAUAUAAAUAAAUAAAAAAAAACUCCAACUACUUCAA